CCAACACGCCGCCUGCAUCGAGCCUGGCCGGCGGCGCCUGGGGGAGCCGUGCAAGGACCGCAAGGAGUGCGGCGCGCCGAACUCGUUCUGCCUGCCGGGCAAGGAUGUGUGCGCCUGCCUGCCGGAGUUCCCGCUCAGCGACGGACACAGCCAGUGCGGAAAGCCGGCCGCGUGGAACGACUCGUGCGACUUUAGCGAGCAGUGCCUGGCCACCACGGACAAGACGGUCUGCAGGGCGGGCCGCUGCGUCUGCAUGUACCAGAUGCGCGCCGAGCGGCAGGCGGACGGCUCCACCAAGUGCCUAGGUGGCGAGCUGAAGUACGGCGACCGCUGCGACGACUCCAGCCAGUGCGGCUUCGACCACGGCAUCUGUGAGAAGCAAAGCGGCAAGCAGCUGUGUCUCUGCCAGCCAGAUUACCCCGUCACCAACCACAUCAACAUGUGCGGAAAGCCGGCCAAGAUCAACGAGACGUGCGAGUUCUCGGAGCAGUGCGAGCGCACCACCGAGAAGACGGAGUGUCGCGACGGCCGCUGCGUCUGCCUCUUCCAGAUGGGUGCGCUCUACAAGAACGACGGCUCCGUCGAAUGCGUCGACAUCAAGCAGGAGCCGCCGUCGCUGCAGUACGUUGACCCCACCAUGAUCGGCGUCCUGGUCGGCUUGGGACUAAUGUUCAUCAUCCUCUGCGUCGUACUGCAUCUCUUCAGCAAGGCCCGGUGGCGCGAGAACCGCACCAUCUUCAACACGCCGAACCCGCGCCUGAUGAACGUCUCACUGCUGCGCGACAGCAAGCUGAUUCACGGAGGUGAUGCAGCGCGCCGGCGCCACUCCUACCUGGUGGCGAGCCGCCAGCCCAGCAUGUCAUCUCUGCGACCGCCGUCACCGACGCCUUCCUUUGGCGGCGGUUCCCGGCGGGGUAGCAAAGGCAGUAACGUGUCGGCAACAUCGACACGCUCUCCGAGGUCACCAGCAAAGCCUCCUCCCAGCCCGCUGGUCAGCUCAGCCCACCCACACAGUCUGGCAGCUGUGGCCGCGACACCUGCAACCACGGGCUCUGCACCCACGCUCGAGAGUGUCACUGUCGAGAUACGUGGCAGCAGGGCAACGACGCCACAGCAGCAGCAGUUGUAGACAGUGCGGUCACCUCCCGGGAGUGCCACCUCACAGCAGCCUUCGCCCACCCACAGAUACGAUCACCUUUGCCUGUAACCUGGUCGCUGCGACGUACUGCAGCAUCUUCACAUCGGAAAAUCAUCGCCGGCUCCUCUGCGUGGUACUUGUACAUAUAAUUGACAGUAACUGCACAUUACAUAAAUUCGAAAAGCAAUCGCAAUGGCCAACUUAGGGUGCUUCCAGGGACAGGUAGUGCUGUAAAAAUCACCAGAAAGAGAAACACAACAAUUGUUGGCAUAUUCCCAGUUUUGGCCAGUUACAUACUAGAAAAUAAAAACUAAAGUUUUUACCUCUCUCUAGAAAAUGUCACUGAAAAAUAAGAAUGAUGUGUUUCCAAUUAGGUUUUGAAUUCUGUAACAAGCGUUGCUCUUGUGUUGUUUGUGUGUGUGUGUGUGUGUGUGUGUGGGUGAGAAUGUUUAUGUACACGUACAUGUAUAACUGAAUAUUUGUGGCCAGGCAAGAAUUUCAUUUUUUCCUUUCUCUCUGUGUCUCUCUCACAGUAUUAUUAAUGUUAUGACAUAAGCCUUGCAGCCAUCUCUUACAUAACACAACAGUCACAUUUGACAUUUGAUUCUUAUAGCUAAAUGUGUAAAAUAUAGCCUUAGUAGGUCACAAAUUGGCUAUGGGACAGUAGUGAAGCUGACAUUUUUAACUACCAAAUUUUAUAUCACUUUUAUAAUUGUAAACAAAUUCACUAUACACCUAACUUUCCUGUUAACGUCACUUUGGCAACAUUUUAUGGUGUAUGAGAAACCAAUAUAGAUACAAAAGUAAGGUGACAGUGUUUUAUUGACACCAUUUCACAUGAAGCAAACCUGUGGUGUCUAUACAUGGCAUACAAUACAAGUAUUCAGAAUAGCCAAAUAAGUACUUACAUGGACAAUUUUACCUCCUCUGUUUGAGGUUAUUAAUAUAAUUAACCAUUAGAGGAUAGCUCAGUAGCAGCUGCGUUCUGAAAAUUAACUCCAAGCUAUCUUAUACAUACAGGACAUCAUCAGAAGACUGCAGCAUCCAAAGCAUAAAAACCUAGCAAAGUCCUUUCAUAAUAUACUGCAAUAUUUUCCUGAAUGCUAGUUGCAGCAGCUCACAUCUUUAAAGAGCCCAUUCAGACCAGGUUACAUGCAAAGGGGUCCACGAAUUUUUCUUCAGUUCAUUUGGCUUAAUACUUCUGCCAAUGUUCCAGGCUAUGAGCAGAAGACUAAAAGUGAAUUUAGCACACACCUUCAUAACUUUAGAAGUGGCUUCUCAGCUACACAAAAUGAAUUGAAAAUUUUAUCAUUACCUUUGCUAUGACACACAUUUUCUCGUGUAUAAUGAAGAGCCUUAUUUUUUCUCAAGGGUAGAAAUGCAAAGCUAUGUGAUAGUACAGAGGUUUUCAGUAGACAUAGAUCACUAUGACUUGAUUGUUGCUUUGUAGCUAAAGAAGGCAUUUCAAAAGCCAUAGCACAAAUAUUUUUUGUGGAAACAUCUUUACCAAUGACAUAUUUCUUCAGAUAGCUACAAUCUCAGCCAUCCAUUUCUGUGAUAUUGGUAACAAAUCAUAACUUCUUCAGAAUUGGCCAAAACUGGACUACAAGUAUAUAUAUGGUGUAGGAAUAGGUGCAAGUCUUGUGCAAACACUUCUCUACAUUCUCAACGUAUUAGGCUCUCCUACCGAAAUAUGAAGUUCAAUGAAGAACUUCGUUCAACAGUUUCUUUCUUUGUGUAUUACAACACAAAGUGCAUUAUGCAGCACACACCCACAUGCACCUGUUGCCCAUGAGAUGAAUUAAAACAAUUGUCUCUAUAUAUUAAAGUGAUUUUAGUAUGAUACCCAGUUAAGUGCAGAUCAGAAGAUCAUAACACCUUCUGAAUGAGUCAAAAUAAAUAAAAGCUAUAGAGAAAGACAGUUAUUCAGUGUUGUCAGGAGGACUCAGAAAUUAUCCUAAGAUUGUCUGAAACUUGAGACUCGUUUGAAUGAAAAAAUUUAUCAUAUGUACUGCUGAUGCUAAUCAACUGUAAGCAUCAAACUCUGGAUGAAAUCAGGAGUAGUACUAAGUUUAUCAUGUAAGUGGAAAGGAAAUGUGAUUUAUACAAGGGACCACCUGUUGGACAUGUAUUAACUGUGUCUGUCAUGUUGAGCCUCCAAUGUGCUGUGUGAAAAAUAGUUUUUCUUAUUAAUUUUUCCCCGUACAGUACAACGAAUAUAAGUGAGAAACUAAAGAAAUAUUAUCUCCUUCUGAGAGACAUGCUUGAUUUCCCAUAGAGGGUAACAGCUAAAAUUCUAAAACCAAUAUAUUGUCAGUAUAAACCUCAGCUUUUUAAAGUUAAAAAUUGAAAAUUAAUCUCAUAAAUAUUCUCUUAUAUUGUCUUUUUGUGUGUGAAGGGAGAGCCCUUUAGCCAUAUUUUUCAUUUAGUUCCAUUGCAUUGCUCUUCUGGCUGCAUUAGAACCCAGCAUGAAGAAAUUUUAACCAAUUUGUAAAAAAGAAGACAAUGAGAGACCUUUCAUUUGGAUUUAGCGUUUAGAAUUUACAUGAAAUUAUUGGUUCUACGUGAAAGUUUGAAUCUCUUACUUUUAGCUCGAAAUGCAAUUUCAUAGUAAAGUCAUUUUCACAUUGCAUUUUCUUAAAAGUUGCCACAUUUGAGAAUAUAUAUUUUAUUUUGUAAAAUUCUUGUGAAUGCUUCAGAUAUUCACAACAGAGCAACAGCUUGAGAUUAAUCAUUGACAUGGUCACCUUUCAUAUGGUUUGUUGAAUAAUGUUUCCAUUCAAAUAGAGAACUUCUCACAAACAAGAUUCAGAUCUGCUAUGUACAAACAUGUCUCAAAUAUUGCAUGUGGAUCUCUGUAUGUGGAGAUUAUAACUCUUUGUUAAUUACACUGUAGCCAUACUUUUCAUUAUAAUCUAGAGUCUAGUGAAGUUUUUGAUUUUUCUACAGUACCUCACAAAUUUAAUUUUCUACUCUUGAUGCACGCGUUGACCCAAAGAAAGUAUUUUUGUGCCUAUUCUAUCCAAAAACUUCAGUAUAGUUUACAAUUGAAAAUGUACAAAAGUAUGAUAAAUGCACAAUAUGUAAUUAGCCAUUAGAAAGGAUUUUAGCACAAGCAAGCUAUGCAGAUGAUAAGUAGACUAGCAGUUUCUAAAAUUGUGAGUGAAAAUGUGCAACAGUAGUCAGAAGCAUUUCAGAAGAUGGUAGCCCUAAGUCUGAGUGCCUGAAAUUAGUGUAGAUACAACUUCUUAUUUGAUAAACAAUUUUAAAUAGAUACAUUUCGUUCUCAUCUGCAUUUAUACAUUGACAAUUUAAAAAGUGUCAUCUAGAAGUAAGAAAACCUUUCGAAUUUGCCGCUCAUGUAGUUUGCAGUGGCAUAGUGCUAACAGAAAAUUAGGGGAAGGUUUUCUCGUUAGCACUAUACGCUGCUUAGUUUGCUAUUAUUGCAGGAGAUGGAGCAUCUGAUAACAAUCAAGUAUAUUUGUAAGUGAUUAUUAAUAUAAGUCAAUAAAACUUAUUUUUCUGUUGACACAGUUUUCAAAUACUUGGUGAGCUAUCACAUGUACAUAAAAUUAAUAGCAUUUUCUCAGUAGCAGCUAUACUUUUGAGAAUCUUUGCAGUUUUGAAUACUACAUUAUAACACUCAUAUACUAAUGCUGCUCAAGGGACUAUAUAUACAUACAUAUAGAUACUGAAUUUGCCCGAAGAGGAUGAAGAAUCCUUCUGACAGUUACAGGAUAUGAACUAUUAUAUAAAUAUUAUACUUGAGACAUAGAUUUUAAGAAUACUAAACUUUUAUUUAUAGAGAUCAUAUAAAAGUUGAUAAUACAUGAAAUGCUAUUCAUAACAGAUGCUAAUAAUGCAGUUAAAUAUCUCUUUAGAUUAUUAAAAAAUAUGGUUUAAGACUUUCAGAGAUUUAUGUACAUUUCUCCUAAGCAAAGCAAGUUAAUAAAUAUUUUAAAUAAAAAUUUCUUAGAAAAAGUUUAAUGUAAUGCUUGAAUCAUUGGGGAAGAGGUUCAAGUAUUAUCAUUAAACAUCUUUUUUAUAACUUCCAGAUAAACACUUAACUUUAAUUAGUAUCACAAUUGUAAAACUUCUGGGUUUAGCAAAUGGACUUUAUUCUAUGAGAAUUUGUUAACAUUUGUCUUUGACCAGGAAUUUAUAGUUUAUAUAUAUAUUAUUGCAAAAUGAGCUUUUUUUCUACUAUCUGCUAUUAAAAAUAGCUACUACACAGGUAGAGUAGACUAAGCGAGUGAAGUUUUCUACAAUUCCUUCUCGAUUAGAUGCAGUCAUUUAUUUUUCUUGUGAAUAAAAAUUAUAGAAGGUGCAUUACUUGCACAAUAUUUGUGGCUGAAAAUGAAAUGCCUCUUCUAUAUGUACAGAAAAUGAUAAAUAAAAAUGAAAACGUAUAUGAAAUCUUUUCUUAUUCUUGGUAACUUAAACAUGUAAAAAAACUAAAGAUUUAUACAUGUAUGAAAGCUGAACUUAUAAUAAAAGAA